GUUCCUCCAUCAUGAAUCAUACAUCAACAACAGUGUUAACGUCUCUGAAUGAUUGAACUGUAAAUUACAAAAUUCUCUUGAAUUAUGUUUGUGUGUGCCUUCCUUCCAUUUGUCUUGGCUCGCAUUUCCCCAUCACCUACAACAAUUCAAAAAGGAUAAACUCCCUGCACAGAUCUCAUCUCGACAUCUUCCCCUGCACCUAGAAGAAAACAAAUUUUCAAAGUCGAAGUCUUUGGAAAGAGACGGCACUAGAACACACAGUUACAGAAAAAUGGACGGUAAACGAUCUUGGACUUGUACUCUCGUCACCCAGCUAUGCCUCUGCGUUGCUCUGUACCUCGCAUUGAACAUCGGCGAGCCCCAGCAGCAGCAGCCAUGGCAGCGUCUUCCUCGUCGUCCUGAUGAUGUCAUCGUCUUUGUAACGGUACGAGGUGGUGGGUUCAGACCUUUUCAAACGCAGACCCAUCUUCUCAGACAGAUUGAGGAUGUAGUGAGGAUUUACGGAGCUCGGUUUGUGGUGAAUUUCAAUGAGCUUGGGGAGGAAGAUCCCCUGACCCGUAAUGCAAGUCAGCUCUUCAAAUCACCCAGCAUUCCCUGGUACACAACUAAAGCUUCAAAGGGGCAGGAAAUAGCCAGUUGCUUCAAGGAACAUAUAAAAAUAGAUAAUAGACAGACUUUUAACAUUAUUGGUCUGAAUACUGGUUCAUUACUGGAUCUACUGCUUACCGAGUCGAUGAAUGGCUCGGGUGACGGUCAGAAUUGGCUGGGAAGUACACUUGAAGCUGCUAAUGGUAGUAACUGGUCUAUAGUCGUUGGAUACCACCCGAUCAUUCGUUUUGACGAGAACCAUGAGCAUUUCGAAUCAAUAAACAGUGCUCCCGAAACUCUACACCAUAUAUUUGUGAAGUAUGGAGUGAAUGCUUAUUUGAGUACCAAUGCCUGUUCCAAUCAUACCUCUCGAGACGGUGUGGAUUACAUUGGAAUCGCAGGCCCUGAUGAACACAGUGAUGGUCCCUUUCUCCCAAAUAGGAAAUUGGGAUUGGGAUUGGAUCAGCAGCAGCAAAAUGGAAUGGCCGAUGGGUUCCUUCUCCACAGAGUAACCUCUCUUGAAAUGAUUACAUAUUCCAUUAGCUCAGAAGGGAAGGUCCUGAGCAGAUUUGUGACCCAACAGAAGGGCAAGGCUGCCAUCUGACCUCUUGCAAUCUAAUUCAGAAAGCCAAAAAAAUUCCUUCUGGAGGUCGCGAUUAAGGUAGACACUUCACAACAUAUAAACUAGAUCUUCCUGUACCUAUCCGACUCCAAACCAACAGAGUCGAGGUUUCCGAUUUUUCACAAUAUUAUACUCAUUAGGUAAUCUUCAUUAUGUAACUUGGUACGUGCUAAAUCAGCAGAAUUGAUGCCACAUUGGGCUAGAUAUCUAUUCAUUACUAGUUACUACCACAACUUAGUUGGCAAUUUCUGCUAAAAGUUAUAGUAUAGUGACCACUUAUUACAAACAUUAUAAUCCAGUGACCAUUUACAGAUUUAUCCCACGCAGCGGUGAAAGGGUAAAAUAGGAAGAUCCUCCCCGCUAUAAAAGCCACAGAGCCCAGCCAUCAGGCUACAGCCAUGGAGGCAUGGACUGAACUCCGGUCUCCGGGUGAAGAGAGAGCAAAGAAUGAUGGCUUCGGCUUCGAGAGAGAUUCUCUCUCCCCCGCCGGAGCCGAUGACUUCUCCGGCCGCUGAUUACUCUGUGUUUGUGUGUGUGUUUGUGAGUUUGGUGACUGGAAUCACAGCUCUGGUUCCUCCUUUCUUCCUUCCCCUUUUGUUUCGUUCUGCCUAUCGCUUCUGCUCUGCUCUCUCGCUCUCUCUCUCUAAACACGAGGCAAUGACGAUGACAUUUGAUCGAUUUUCUCUCUUCCGCGAGGCCGGCUCGGGAGCGGCGGAGCCGCCGAUUCCACGGCGGGGAGACACCGGACGGCUGGAUUCACGGGAAAUCGGAUUCCCUCCGGCAACCGGUUGUCGCAGCCAUGGACGGCGGAGCUUCCGGCUUCCGAUCGCAAUUCUAAAUCUGAGCCUCCGUCUCCGACAAACUAACCAUCCGUCUCCGUACACGUGGACGGUGCUCGACCGCCUCUAUUUUGGCGCGUUUCGGUAAUCUACCGAAAAUGCAUGCUGCAGAUCUGAGGUAAUUAUCAUAAACGGUCACACAAUUGCAUUUGGUACAAAACGGUCUUGUUCCCGUUGUCGUCGUUUCUUUCGUUGUUCCCAACUACUAAGCUUCCAGCUUUCUCUUCUUCUUUUUCGGUUGGCCGUGAUGAGAUUUCUCCGGACAUUGUUUCAGAUGAGGGAACGCACUCAACGGCUGUUUGGCACGGCGAUCUAGUUGCUCAAGAUGGCAUUGUUUCGCAGCCAUGGCCGUGGAGGAUCUUUCGCUCCUUCUCUGGACUACAAUGGUGGAUCUGAGCCUCUACUGAUUUGUCACUCGCUUUUGAUUUCAUCCAAGCCCUACUUCAAAUUAAGUUUUCAGUUCUGGUUGUGAAUGCUGUAGCUUCUGCCGCUUGGCUGGCUCGCUCUUCUUCCUGUUGUAUUUGCUGCCGCUGUUUUUCUUGGUCAGGAACUCGCGACGGCAUAUUUGGGCCCAGAGGCUUUGGAUCACAAUUCACAAGGCAAUGGGUUACUCUGCAUCAAGUGCGUCCUGCUCGGCGGAGAUUUUCCGAGAAGGAUCGAGAGUUAGCAUCUUCUCUAGGAACUCCGGGAAUGUUCGAGCAGGCUCCUAAGGUCUGUGCCAUAAUGUAACAAUGUAAUUCUACAGUUAGCAUCAUCAUCUCGAUGAUGAAUGAUUGGGGUUGUUACUCGAGAAUGUCGCUCGAGCUAGCUACACUGUCGUCACGAGCGUCUUCAGGAUUUGGAUCUCCAAUGGCAGUGCCAACUGCACUGCAGUCUUUGGUUCAUCACUCGUAACUUCUCCGGAGCGACUAUAUCACCUGAUUGCUAUUUCACGAUCCUUCUAAUUUUAACGCUCAUCUAGGGCGGUCAAUUUGGUUUGGUUUGGUUAACCAAAUCAUUAAGCAUGAAAAACCAAAAAUCAAAACUAAAACCAUUAAGGCCCUUAUUGGUUUUCGGUUGCCAAAAACCAAUAAGAGCUUUAUUGGUUUUGGUUUGAAUAACCAAAAUACCAACAUGUACUCAUACACUCAUAUGUGUUCUCAUUUCCCUCCUUUUUAUUUUUUAUUGAAUAAACGUCAUAAUAUUGG